AUGACUAAGAGGCAGGCAGUGGAGGCCCUGGACAAUAGCAUGCGUGACAUAAUGGGCCGGUCAGAUGUCCCAUUCGGUGGGAAGGCGGUUGUGUUUGGUGGUGACUUUAGACAGGUCCUCCCUGUUGUCCGAAAGGGGUCAAGGUCUCAGAUAGUUGAUUCAACGCUACGCAGGUCCUACCUGUGGGAGCGCAUGCGACACCUAAGGCUCAUGCGUAACAUGAGGGAUCAGAGCGACCCAUGGUUUGCAGAAUACCUGUUGCGCAUCGGUAAUGGCACCGAGGAGGCUGAUGGUGAUGGCAACAUACGACUUCCUGAUGAUGUAUGCGUGACGUAUACAGGAAAGGACGUAGACCUCGAUAAACUUAUAGAUAGUGUGUUUCCGAUGCUCGACGCUAACCUGCCUGAUCCAAACUACAUCACUCGAGAGCCAUCCUAUCCAAACGAAACGAGUGCAUGGAUCAAGUGGAAGCAAUUUCCUAUCAAGCUCAGCGUUGCCAUGACAAUCAACAAGGCACAGGGACAGACCAUCCCAAACGUCGACGUGCACCUUCCCCAGCCAGUGUUCUCUCAUGGUCAGCUAUACGUUGCGCUAUCUAGAGCCACUGCCAGAAGGAACAUUAAGAUUCUCACCGCCCCGGAUGAAGGCUCAAUAGUAGGAGGUACCCCAAUUGAUAUGAUGUAG